UCUCAAACCCAGGAAAUUCAUCAUCCCAAAAAUUACUCCCGCCAUUUUCCCAUCUGAAUCCAAAAGACACUCCUAGGCAAGAAGAAACCAGACUUUCUUUUACAUCUGAAGCCGUGAUCUCCUACAGCCUUGAAAUUUUUAGUCUUUCAAUCGCAAAUGAUGGAUCCACCCAACUCAAUCCUUUCAAACCGUCCAUGGAUGACCAUUGAAAGCCCAAUGGAGGCCAGGAUGAUGGACAUUUCUUGUCAAAACAAGGAUACCAUAAAUGAUUGUACCCCAAAGGUUGGUAUGGAGUUUGAUACGUUAGAGGCAGCUUGGAUGUUUUGGAAAAAUUAUGGAAAACAAAUGGGGUGUAGUGUUCGAAAGCAUUAUACAAAUAAAAGUAAGAUAGAUGGAGAAAUAACAUCGAGAAGAUUUUUGUGUUCAAAAGAGGGUACUCGUAAGCCUGAUAAACGAGAACAUUUAACCAAUCAACCUCGACAAGAAACAAGGACUAAUUGUCCAGUAUGAUUGGGUGUUUCAUUAGUUCGUGAGACUGGAAAG